CUUCACAUUGGGUCUGUCCCUCCCUGCUACAGCUAAUGUUAGCAAGGUUAGCUAAAAACAUAUUUCUCUAUUCCACAACGACCCUCGCGUCUCUAUAUCACCACAGAAGGGUUCUCUGGACUAAACCGUGCGCUUAAACUAGCCCUUACCUUUAGAUGUUUAAUUUUACUCAAUGAAAUUGCCGACAAUCGGGCUGGUGAAUUAUCCCAGAACGACAACGGAAUCACUUCCUGUGUCUACGGAACCCUGCAUGGGACAAAGUGUCAGACUUGUGGACGAGCUGCUGUUUUCGCCUCUGCACAGAAACUAUAUAUCAUAAUGGAAGUGACUUCCACGCUGUAAUCCUCUCUAAUCUACGCGGGGGCGCGCCCGCAGGCACCCGACCGCCUGCUGAUGGGAGAGAGAAAAAAAAGAAGCGGCGGUGCACUCUCUGCUGCGCGCUCCCGGCAGCACUUCGGUCCUGCUGCACUUCACCGUCCCGUCGACUGAUCCCGAGCAUCCUGCAAGAUGACCAUCAACACGCUGGCCAAGGGAGGCUGGCACCGGGAUCAGAUGGCAUGCUUUCGAAAGAUGGAGAAAGUGAUUGUGGCCAUGCAGGACCCUGACAUGGGCAUGAAGAUGAGAAACCAGAGGCUCCUGAUCACUGUCAUUCCACAUGCCAUGACAGGCCGUGAUGUAAUUGAUUGGUUGAUCCACAAAUACAACAUCUCUGAAGAGGAGUCUUAUCACCUUGGAGGUAUGCUGGUGAGAUACGGGUACAUUUACCCUCUCAAGGAGCCAAGAUCUCUUGUGUUGCGUGCCGAUGAGACACCAUACCGUUUCCAGACUCCUUACUUCUGGACCAGCACCCGGUGGCCUGCCACAGAACUCGACUAUGCAAUCUAUUUGGCUAAAAAGAACAUAAGGAAACAAGGAGAGCUGAUGGAAUAUGAAAAGGAGAGGUACAGUGUGCUGCACAAGAGGAUCAACCACACCUGGGACUUUGUGGUGAUGCAAGCAAGAGAACAGCUCAGAGCAUCCAAGCAGAGGCGGAAGGCCGACCGCAUUGUUCUAGAAUGUCAGGAGCAGUCUUACUGGCUCAUCAACAGACCCCCGCCCGGGACACAUAAUAUAUUGGACAUUGGUCUCGAGAGACCAAAUGACUACAGCACACGAGUUAUCUUGAACAGUGACUACUACAAAAGCGAGAUCGAAUUCUGUAGAAGGGCCCUCGGAAGAAACCGUAUAAAGUCAUCCAUCUGCCUAGAGGGUUUUGUGAAAUACAGCGAGCAGUACCAGACCCACGAUCCCAUUAUGCAAGGAUGCCUUCCCAGUAACCCCUGGAUUUCCGAUGACCCUGCACACUGGUCGAUGAACGCAGGAAUGGUGCAGACCCCGACACGUCUUCGAGUGGAGCGCUGGAGCUUCAGCUUCAUGGAGCUUCUGAACGAUGCCAUGGGGCGGCGGGAGUUUAUGACCUAUCUGGAGAAAGAGUUCAGCGCGGAGAACCUGUGUUUCUGGCAGGCCUGCGAGGACAUCAGACAUGGAGAGAGCUCCAGGAUCAUAGAGAAAGUGGAGGAGGCGUACAAAAACUUCCUGGCUCCCGGAGCUGCCCGCUGGGUCAACAUCGACAGUAAGACCAUGGAUAAAACUAUGCACGGGAUCAGACACCCACAUCGUUUUGUUAUGGAUGACGCACAGAUGCACAUCUACUUCCUCAUGAAAAAGGACUCCUUCCCGAGAUAUCUCAAGUCUGACCUAUACAAGAACAUGCUGGCCAAAGCUAUUGUCCCCCAGGAGACCAAGAAGAGCGUGUUCCCCUUCAUGAGACGCCAGCGGCACUCUAGCCCGUCCCCUGCUCAGGCUGUCACCCAGACGUCAGAGAAAGACGGGGCCAAGGAGGCUGGGCGAGCAGGUACCGACUCCACAGCCGGCUCCAAUGUCUGAUACCAGGUCCAAAAAAAGGGGUCAGACUCAAUCACCUUCCGUCUCCAUUGUCUCUAUUGGUCACCAUUGUAACCAUCCAAGAAGUCUUCUUAGCUUAAUGUUUCAUCUCAAACUGAGAUAGAACGUAAUUAUUUUUUCUUUCAGCACUGCAACAUUGUCAGGGUUAGGAUCAGAGAAUACAACAGAGCACAGGUGUAUCAUACCAUAGCAGCUUCACAUCUUAAUCACGAGCAGUGGACAGCAGGGAAAAGAGCUUUUAGUGCCACUGUUCAACUCUGUGCUGCCGCAUAUUCACCCUGCAUCGCCAUCACACCUCUACAGAGGAGGAAUCGGGUCGGACAGAAGAGAUGACAUGAGAAGAGCAGGAUUUUCUUUCCUUUUGCAUUUUGAAAAUUAGAGUCAAACUCAAUCUGAGGAAGAUUCUCUUGUAUUUCUUAGGUGAAGUCGGAAUGUCAAGAAUAAAAUCGAAAAUGUCGAGACUAAAGUUAAAUGUUUAAGAUUAAGUUGAACUAAAUUAGAGGAAGAUAUUUUUUUGCUUUUGAGGACAAAGUCGAAAUGUGGCAAAUAAAGUUGAAAUCAGAAAUUAGAGGGCAAUUUUUUUUUAGAGUGAAGUUUAAACACUGCCAAAGUCAAACGAAAUCAGGGGAUUGGGUUUGUUAAAAGGGUUAAAAUGCUAAACAAUAAAGCAGAAAUGAGAAUACAAAUUAACUUGAACUAAAUCAGUUGAAGAUAUUUGGUUCCUUUUGAAAAUAAGGUCAAAAUGUUGCGAAAAUAAAGCUGAAAUUAACGAGAUAGACGUGUUUUUUUUGGUUUCUUUGUGAAAAAAGUCAGAAUGCUAAGACUAAAGAUGAACUCCUAAUACAAAGCCUUCCUCUCUGCCUCAGGAGCUUUUCUUAACUGUAGAAUCUUCUGUCUCUCACAAGCAGUUCCAGGUUGGGUUGUGGUUCUAUAGAAUAGGGACUUAUUAUAUGUAUUUAGUCAGAAACUGGCCUCAGCAUGUCUGUGAUUAUCGUACUUUCGACUUGUUUUCUUCAUUUCAUGCUGGAGCUUCACGUUGUGAUUGUUGUUGCUGUUCAUUUUGCUCGAGCAUGUUUUCAUCCCAAUAAAAUGUCAAGACAGUG